AUGGCACGCAACAGCGAGAAAGCGCAGUCCAUGCUGUUCCGCUUCCGGGCGCAACAGGCAGCGGACCUUGGAAUUAUCGAUAUCUCACGCACACGCCGACCCAAGGCCAUCUCUACCGUUGAUACAAUCCCGAUGUGUGAGCGCUGGCGCGGCCAAGUCGUCAAAGAGAUUUCCCGCAAAGUAUCCCGCAUCCACGAGCCAAGUCUGAGCGACUACCAGAUUCGCGACCUCAAUGAUGAGAUCAACAAGUUGAUGCGCGAGAAGUGGGGAUGGGAAAUGCAAAUUCGCAAUCUGGGCGGACCGAAUUACAUGCGUGGCUCCAACCGGGUUUACGAUGAUGAGGGACGUGAGAUUCCGGGUGGAGGCAAGGGCUACAAAUAUUACGGUCGUGCUCGGGAGUUACCUGGUGUGAAGGAAAUGAUUGAUGCCGCUGUUCGUCGUGCCAAAGGACCCGCUGAAGAAGAAGAGUCUUCAACCGGCCGAGGCGGAGAUAUUGCGACCAGAAAGGUCGAUGCGAACUACUUCGGCUACGGUCUUGAUGAAGAAGACGGUACCUUGGUCGCAUACGAGAAGCAGAAAGAGAAGGAAGCGAUUGAACAUUUCCGACGUCAAGGCGAUGACGACACUGAAGAUAGCUGGCAAUCUCUGCCAGGCGAUGCGGGUGACGGUGUGGAAUGGAGACUUCCGACACUAGACGAGGUUCAAGAAGAGCUCGUGGAUCGCCGACGCCGACGCCUCCUUGACAAGAUCUCCUGA